AUGGUUAAAGCUGUUUGUGUUCUUAAGGGUGAUAAUCCAGAAAUUAAAGUAAGUGGUACCAUUACUUUCGAACAAGAAGAAAAUGCUCCUACAAAAAUUGAAAUCAAUAUCAAAGGUUUAAAACCUGGUGAACAUGGAUUCCACGUUCAUGAAUUUGGUGAUAACACUAAUGGAUGUACCUCAGCCGGGCCUCACUUUAAUCCAUUUAACAAAAAACAUGGAGCUCCUAAUGAUGAAAACCGUCAUGUUGGUGAUUUAGGUAAUGUUACUGCUAAUCAAGCCGGUGAAGUUCAGACUGUAAUCACUGAUAAACAAAUUAAAUUACUUGGUCCUAACACUAUAAUUGGACGAACCAUGGUUAUCCACGCUGACGUUGAUGAUCUUGGUAAAGGUGGUCAUGAACUUUCUUUUACGACCGGUAAUGCAGGUGGUCGUCUCGCUUGUGGUGUUAUUGGUAUAGCAGGACCAAAAGAAGUUCAACCUUCACCAGAAUCAUAUCGUAGAAACAAAUUGUGA